GAUCGAUGAAGAGCCCGUUCGCGCGAGCAGGGCAGUCGCAGUGGUGCCUGGUCGCUACUACCCGACAACAGUGACGUGACUGACAUAAUCAGCGACCUACCCAUCCCUUCCAUCCUCGGACCUUCAUGGCGUCCACAUUCGUAUCCAAGUCCCGACGAGUGCGCUUCGAGUUGACCCUGCGCAUCGAAGACCUCAACAACGUGCCCCUGGUCUCCGGCUCGUCCUUUGUCAAAUGGCACAUUCCCUCCUCCAACGCCGCUGAGCACCGCGGACGGACCAACAAAUGCGCCAUCCGCGACCAUCGCGUGCAGUACCAGUAUGAGAAACAGACGGCCGUACGCCUGACUGUCGGCAAGGAUGGCAUGCUGCAGGACUGCCCGAUUCAUUUUGAGGUGCAGCAGGAAUAUUCCUCGGGCGGUCGAGGUGAGCGGAUUAAGCUAGGUGAUGUCCAUCUCAAUUUGGCCGAGUAUGUGGACACAGCGCUCGACGUACCUGCGAGUCCUGUUGCUGGUGGUGGUCGCGACGCUGCUGCUGCUGCAACGGCGGCGGCUGAGCACCACGAUGAAGGCAUUACGAGGCGAUACUUGAUGCAAGAGUCCAAGAUCAACAGUACACUCAAAAUCGGCAUUCACAUGCGUCAGACCGAGGGGACUCGUGACUACUAUGCUCCAGCUCUACGCACGGCGCCUGUCUUUGGCGGUAUUGCGGGUAUCAUUUCGUCCGCGGACCCCACUGCUGGCGGUGGCAGUACGCCGCAAGAUCACCCGGAAAGCACGCAGGAGUCGAUUCCUCCGAGUUUCAAUGCGAAUAAUAAAGAGAUGGGGGAAUCGCAGGACAUGUAUCGUCGUACGUUGGCGGCAUUCUGGACUUCUCAGCCUGGUGAGCUGCGAGCAGAUGAUUGCAUUGAAGACAUCUUUUCGGGCGGCGAUGGCUGGGGGAAGGAAGGUCGGCCACGCGUAGAGACGGAGUCGAGUAGCCAUCAGCCUGGCAGUGCGGAUACGACACCGAACGGCAAUCAUCAUCUUCAUCACCACGAUGGGAUGUCGAGGGAUACAACAGCUUCUGGGAGCAGGUCGGGCAAUAAUGCGGAAAGGGGUGCUGCGACACAUGGACACGGACAUGGACAUGGUCACAGGAGAAAUUUCGAUGGAAGUCGAAGACUGGAUAAAAGCUUGAGAAAGGCGCCAGGAGAGCUGGACGAGAUGGAUGUGCGUGAGGAUCUCGUCAGUUGGAACAUUGGGGUGAAGUGAAGCUAUCUGGCGCCGAGCUCGCAAGACCUACUUUAUAGUCAUUAUAAUCCUCUUUGCACAGUACAAGAGUUUAU